AUGAAACAACCAACAACAACCGGUAGAAUCGUCCUGGGAUUGGAGCUCCUGCUGCUGGUACUGGUCGCUUCGGCGCACGCCCGUACCGUGAGCCUUACGGCGCAAGAUCCGACUCCCAACGCCACCAACGACUCGAAGGACGAACCGUCUGGGGAGCUUCCGGUGGACGAGACUAAAACGGACGGCAGCGCCGGAAAAAGCGUAGUUGUGAACUGGAAGCUGACCUGUGAACAGCUCUGCAGCGCGGGACUUGGUGGUCCCGGCUGCGGAGCGACAUGGCUGCGUCCCGCAGCUACCGACACUACUACGCACCCACUCCCAGUGGAUGACGACACAGUCGACGGACUCUGCCCGGUACUCUGCAUCAAUGGUUUGGGAGUGUCCAAGUGCAGCUGCAAAGGCUACAAACCGAAGGGUCACUCCAGCGUGGAUCUGAUCUGUGUUGCGUUCUGCAAGACGGCCAACCUGCAGCUAAACGGCUGCAGUCGCUGCGACGGAUCGGAUGUGGAGGGGCACCUUGGAGUAGCGGACGGCAUCCAAACCACGACACCGAACUGGGACGAGCUCUGCACGCAAUUCUGCAAAAUGGGAGACGGCGGGACAUUGUGCAACUGUGAUUUGCCACCGUUCUUCUAAGACGACUGGCCAAAUCCACCACAACAGCCUAGCGGCAAACAUUUCAGGGCGGUUUCGCUAGUGAUUUGGACCCUAAGUUUAUUGCUGCCUUUUUUGUGACAUCAGCCGCACGAUGCAAAGGGCGCGCAAGAAAUAGACCGUACUUUGAAGGCAUUUGAUUUUUUUUUUUUUGGGGCAGAACAUUUUGGGGGCAAGUAACAUGAAACUACAGAUACAAGUCAGUGGGUUAAAGGGGGGGAACUCUUCAUCGUUACAUAUCAGGCCGGAGUGUGCGCGGCUUGCCACGCAAUUUCAGCAUUUAACCUCUGCGUUCCUUCAGUUCCGCGUUCCAAGUGUUCCUGAGUUUAAUGACUAAACGAUAGCGGAGACAAUGUUUCGACCAACGUUUGCCGAGCAUGAUUGAAACAAAAAUGACAAAGAUCACUCAAAGGGCUUCCAGGCGAUCGAAAGAUCGAAAUAGGCGAUCAGAUAGGCUAAUGCGCGCAGACCGCAGACAUAGAAACACAACGAGACGAAACCUUCAGGACGCUACGAAGAGUUAGCUAGCGCCAAAUUGAUUAGCAAAUAAUAGUACUGUAGCACACUCUCAGUUCUCUAGGUCUAGUUAGGAUUUUGCGUUGACAUUUUCGAAUCCUGUCAGCUUUCAGAGGACCCCCGCGGGAUGCUCAAACUAGGCUCCAUGCGGGACCACUGGGACGAGACAAAUGAAAAACCAAACAAACAACUAAACCCCACCCGGCGAUCCGGUCUGGUUCCGGUGGGCGUUGACUACCCUUCCGCGUGUCAAUUUGUUUAGGAUUAAUUCUCUUACGAAACUCUUACGUUUCCUGUGGUGUGUGCGUACAUCGACGGAGACGCGCGAGUAACUGAGUGUGUGCGGUGGAUGACUUUUUUCUUGCGAAUUACCAAAAACCACACGUUCAUUAGUUAGUGACAUACGCUUUCCGCGUUAGAGAUUCCUUUUCCCUAUCUCUCUGAAGUUCCGCAAUAAGUUGGAAAGCAUGAAAAAAGUCACAAGAAUCAUUCCCACAAACCGCGAAACAAGCGGAUCGUCACCAAUCAUCAUCACAUGAUCUUCAUCAUCAUCUUGAGCAUUCAGACAUUCGAUCGUAAUAUCAUUCAUAAAUUGGCAAGCAGAGAAAGAGAUAAACCCGAUGUUGGAGGGGCGAAUAUAAAAUUUCUUUCCAAAUUCGAUUGCAAACAAAUAAUAACAAAUUGCAAAACGCUGUGAAAGACAAUAAAUCCCAAAUAAACCAUUUGGACGAGUGGACGGUGGUAGGUUUAAAAUUGUGCUAAACUAUCCCAACAAAAUAUAAACUAAGAGAACAGAAUACCGAACGCUUUGACCGAUAUCUAAAUGUUGUGUAGCUGUUGUUUGACCGUCUAGCAGAGCAAAGAUGUAAUCCCCAUUACUGAAAACAAGCGCAAAAUUGGCGAAAGGAACAUCAACGUACACCCGGGACGGCCGGAUGUAUCUCCCAUCGUUCUCAUCAGACACAGUUUAAAGUUUCUUUUGCGCCGAGUGCCGAUUUCGCUAAACUUCCCCACGAAGGGGCGGUAAUCGAUGUUUCAGCUUAGAGUAGGGUUUCAGCGAUCGCGUUGCGAAAAGAACUGCAAAGCACCCUAAUUGUUAGCCAAAUAAACGGAAAGGAUCAUAAUGCGACAUAAUAGUGCGUAGCAGAUAUUAAAAUAAAUGUGUACAGAGGAAAAUGUACGUACA